AUGGGAGGUACUGUGUCUGUACCCAUUGACCGCACCCGGUCACUCAAGGUCAUCGGCGCAGGCUAUUCCAGGACAGGAACACUGUCUAUGGCUAUCGCCUUGGAACAGCUUCUAGAUGGACCAGUAAUGCACGGCGGAUCCCAGCUCCUUGGCAGAGAAGACGCCUAUGUCAAGCUCUGGACGGAAGUCUUCGAAGCUCGCCACGAUCGACCCAAACUACUUAAGCUUCUGAAAGCGGCGACAGCUGGCUUUGUCGCUAUCACGGACGCGCCUGGUAAUUGUUUUGUUGAAGAGCUUCUCGAAAUCUAUCCUGAUGCAAAGGUCGUUUGCGUCACACGCGACAGAGAAAAGUGGUGGGCGAGCUGGGAAGCUGUGUCGAAAAUGGCAGGAGCUGGCUUUCUCAACGUCUUCCUGAUGCCCGUUCCCGGGAAGAGAUGGUAUCCGAAGCUCGUUACUCAAUUUCUCGAACAGCAAAAUGAGAAGUUCGGCCCGAUGACAUCAGCGCGACUUGAUGAACACAACGAAUACGUCAGAAAGGUUACUCCGCCGGAUAAAUUCCACAUGAUGGAAUUGAGCCAGGGUUGGGAUCCUUUGAGCAACGCACUGAAACUGCCUACACCCGAUACAUCGUUUCCAAGGGUCAAUGAUGCUGAUGCUGUGAAGGGAUUGGAACUACAGAUACUCAAGGAAGCUGGCAUUCGGUGGCUCAUGAUCAUUGGUUUGCCUGUUAUCAUGACUAUUACAGCGUGGCACGUUUUAUAUGGAUCAGAUUAG